GCUGACUUGGAACUGUGCACUUGGGUCAAUGCUUUGGUCUGCCAUAGAUGUCUAGCUGAGACCAGCUUGUAUGUAGUGUCUGAGAUGACACAAAGAGACGAGGCAUAGAUCAAGUCCCUUGAAUGAAGAGGAAAAAACAAGUGAAACCAUGAAGACGAUUAUUGAGCUAAAGACACCACCCUUGCCUGUAGAUUACCCCUUAGAAAAUGAGGAUGGCAAAUCUACUGAAGACAAGGAAUCUUUUCACAAGGGCAACACCAAUCUUAGAUGGGUGAGGUGGAACGGGAGUCUCCCACAUGGAGCCAUAUCUUUCCCUAAUCCAAAAUGCUCUCGGGUAGACUAUGUGAGCAAAUUUAUGAAUAAUGCAGGGUUUUAUACCCCAAGCAAAGGUUCCCAUUGUUACUACAGUAUGUCAGACAAAGAAGAGAGGUCUGACACUUUUGACAUUCUAGUAAAUAAAGAUUACUUUGAACCUUUAGUGUGGAAAAGUGGACGCUUUGGAUCAGUGCCAGCAAAUUCUGUGAAAGCUUGUGCGUUAGCAGGCGUCUUUGUUGGUAGGACUUCUCAUGGAUUGGGAAAAGUGGUUCCCAAACACAAAGCAUGUUUUUGCCCUUAUGAAGGAAACGAAUACUGCCAUAAUUUUUAUGAUGUGCUCACCAUUAGUGAAGAAAAUUAUUUUCAGCAAAUGUUUGACAUCAUCUACAAAACAGAGCUAAAGACAGUGGUGAGGCAGUCAAACAAAAUUCUGGGUAACACCACAAUCGAUAACCUUCAUGAUCACUGUGUGCAAACAUCUCUUCAAAUACAGAUUCGUUUCGCUAUGGAGAAGUGCUGGGAUAUUGGCCGCUCUACUGCUGCUGGGGUAGAAACCCAAAUAACUGCACAUGUACCCUAUUUUGAUAAGAAACAAAUUACCUUAGGAGCGAAAAAGACCUUUCAGUGCAACAAAGGAACAGUGCUGUUAGAAGAGAAAAUUCAUGAAAUGCACCAAAUUUUUAAUAUUAAUAUUCCUGCUAGAAGCAAAUCCACAGUACAAAUUCAAGGUGAAAUCAUAAAUGCCUGCAUACCCUUCACAGCAAAGUUAAAGCGCAAGUACAAGAGUGGCCCGAGACAGACGUCCAUUAAAGGUGUGUUCAAAACAGCAUCAUAUGAAGACUUCAAAGCCAUUGUGGAUCAGUUUCAGUCUACUGAAACAUAGGCCACUAAAAACAAGAAAGCAGAUGAAGCUAAGACAAAUUCUGCACCUCAAAGCAUCAUUGAUUGCGUUAUGAUUUUCUUACAUUUUUGGGCCUUGCCUGAGGUGUUCUCAAAAUCUCAUCUGUGCAUUGUUAGUGUUUUUCUAAACCAGAGAUUCUAAAACUGACUUUAGAUGUUAUCCAGAACGUAUUGUUAAACAUGUGGACUUAAUUUACUCUCUUUUACAUUUUGUUUAUCUCAGGCACCGCCAUUUUUGGAGCAUUUGUUGCCAUGUAGCUAGGUCAACCCCACAAACGUUUAAUCGGUGACAACAAACAUAUUCUUCAGAGUAUAUGGAAAAAUUACAAAAGGUUUAUUGUAUGUUUAUUUAGUGUUUCUUGUAAAAUGACUUAUGGUCUAUGCAUUUUCAACAACGAAGACUUGGAUUUUUGGCCUGACAACAGUGUAUACUUGUCUCCUCGAUUAUGAAUCGUUGCUUUGUCUUUUGACUUGCACCUAGCGUAUUCUUCUGGCCCUUUAACUAAAAAUUUUAUGGCACUUUUCCAUUACAGAACAGGCUGUCAUUUUUGAUAGAAAUGUCAAGUUUACAGAGGAGACAAAUAAUAAUGUGGACAUUCCUAAUGCCUGUUUCUCAUUGUCCAGCAACUACACACUAACCACAUUUAAAAUGUGUGUGUUUUAUUAUUAUGUAUUUUCUGUUAUGUGUACAAUUACUGUCGCUUUAAAUGUGGUUAUGUUCCAUGUUCAUUGUAUAUUAGGACUUGUUUGUUGUGGAUUGCCUUAUUAGGCGCACUUUUUACUUCUUUUUCAGCCUUUUUGACAUUUUUUGCUAUUCUCAUGAAUUAUUUCGCUAUUUAUAAAAAGUCCUUGUUUAGUUGGUCUCUUCAGCCAAAUUAUUCUUUUUGUAUUUUCUUUUCUUUGGGAGGUACUUUGAUAUUUGGAACUUUUAAGUUUAGGAAUCAAGACCAAUGGGUAAAGCUUAAUCCAAAUAGCCUGUGAAGGCAUUGGAGGCUUCAGACCCUAUUUUGCCAUGGAAUCAACUUUAACCAGAAACAGUCACAAUGUGGGAAAAGAAUGUUGAAGAGAGGAAGAUAACAGAGAGUGCUUUUGUACUUGUGGGUAACUGGACCAUCCAUCCCCUGCGGUAAACAGGGGCAUCUACAUGUGUAUGUAGGCCUAGUGAGGCAUUUGCUCUUCACUCUUCUCCAUUUCCUUUGUGUUCUCCCUAUAAUAUUAUCUUUUCCUUUGGAUUCCUCUGUCAUUUUUGGGGACAGGGAUAACUCAAGAGUAUAACUUCCUAUUCACAAAAAAAACAAGCAAGAGGAAAAUUAGUCUACAUAUCUCAUUCAGUUAACAAAUUAUUCAGUUAAGAAAACUAUGCGGUUUCUAUGAGCUUCUUAAAUAACAGAAGAGGUUCACAUUCUUUCACACAACUAAGUAGGUCUCUACCAAAUAAGUACAAAAAGUUUUGCAGGUUCCCACCUUAUGUUUCUUUGUUUGACUUUCCAAUAUUUAGUUCUGAUUUUUUAAGACAUUUCUAAUGUAAUAUUUAUUUUGAAAGUGUAAAAGGUACGUGUCAUGAUUCAGUAAAAAAAAAUUCUUUUCUCUUUUAUAUUUUAUUUUAAUUUCCCACAAUUUCUUUAGUUAAAUAUUUGGGUUUUCUAUAUUGGAGUUUGUGCUGACCAUUCAAUCGGAUGAGAGAAUCUUUCCAACCGAUGAUUCCAAUGCUCCUUUAUCUGAGAUGACUUUUCCAUAUGCAGGAGAGCAGCCUGGCAGUACAGCAGUGGCACCAAGAGAUACAUUACAGUGUCACAGAUGUUUUAGAAAUAGGUUAUCAUUUAAAACAUGCAGCCAAAGUUGAUCAUGUGUGCAGUGAAGCUGACUAAGGUCAAUAUAAAAGGAGACCCAAAACAUUUUUAGUGAAAAAUGUCAAAAUUAUUUCUAUUAAUCACAUUUUGGAAAACAUACAACUGUAUGAAUGCACUACUUGAUAAAUUUGAAGCUUAUGAUACUAUUCAAAGCAACCGAUUAAGUGCAUUGCUAAGUCACACUGUUUCCAAUAGUUAUAACUUUGCUGAUGCCAUUUUACAGCAACACUCUCAUUGCUGCUUUCUUCAAACAGCUCAAAAUCCUCAUCUGAUAGGGCAGAAUCUGAGUCAUCAACUAUACACAAACCAUCUUCUGUGGAGUAUUCCAGUGAUUUCUGGUAUUUGAUGUGAUGCUGUAUGUUGUGCAGGUCUCAGUUUAUCGUGUGUCCUUUGCUGCCAUCU